AUGAGCGAAAGAGGCGGAGGUAAUAGAGGAAGAGGAGGUGAAGGAGGUAGAGGAAGAGGUAGAGGUGGAGGUGACGGAGGAGGAAGGGGAAGAGGUAGAGGCGGAGGUGACAGAGGUGGCCGCGGCGGAGGCAGAGGAAGAGGUGGUGAAGGUGGAAGGGGAAGAGGUGGUAGAGGUGGUAGAGGUGGAUACCAACAAUACCCACAACAACAACACGACACCAACCAACAAUUCAAUCAAGAAGAAGAAGACGAGGAAGAAGAGGAAGAGCAAGUUCAACAACAACAACAACAAUAUGUUGCUCCAGCUCCAGUUCAACGUGCUCCUUCAGCCAGUCCAUCAACUCAAGUGGCUCCAUCAACCCCCCCUCCACAACAACAACAAACACCAGUUGCUCAACCAACAACAUCUACUACUAGUACUACUAGUACAACUAGUACUACAAGUACUGCUGCUGCUGCCACUGCAGGUACCAUUAUUACUGCAGGAGCUGAAAGACGUGGUCGUUUUAGAGAAGCUGAUAUUGAUGUUACUGAUCUUGCCACUAGAAAGAACCCUCCAUCUAGAGCAGGAGCUAUUACCAAGUUGGCUGUUAAUCAAUUCCAACUCAAGUUUACUACCCAACGUUUGUACCAAUACGCCGUCGAUUUUAAUCCACACGUUGACAAUCGUGCCACUAAAUGGGAGAUUCUCACCUCGUUCAAGGCUGAAAUCGGCUUGUUCAUGUAUGAUGGUGUUGGUGUCCUCUAUGCCACCAAACAAAAGGCUACUACUACCUACACUUCCACCAAUGGUACCAAAGUAACUCUUCAAUUUGUCAAAGAGAUUACUCAAGCUGAUCCAUCUGCCAUUCAUUUUUAUAAUAUUUUAUUUAAAAGAUUUAUGAGAGAUAUGGGAUUUUCAAUUAUUGGUAGACAAUACUUUAAUAGUAGUAAGAUUCAUCGUAUCGAAAAUCAUAACCUUGAAGUAUGGCCAGGUUUCUUUACCUCUGUCAAUCACAUUGCUGUCGGUACCUCAUUGUUGGCAGAUGUAGCUCACAAGAUUGUUAGAACCCAACACUUGUGGGAUUUCAUCAAGGAGCAAAGAGCCAACCGUGUCAAUGACACUGAUAUCAACAACAAGCUUGCUGGUAGUAUCAUCAUCACCAAGUACAACAACAAGACGUACAGAGUCUCGCUUAUUGAUUUCAAAAAGAGCGUCAAGGAAUCUUUUGACAGUUCUUCUGGCAAGAUCACUUAUUUGGAUUACUAUCGUAAACAAUAUCCAAACUACAAGAUCACUGACCCCAACCAACCACUUAUUGGUUGUGAUGUCAAACAUCGUGGUGUUUUGGAACGUAUCUAUAUUGUUCCAGAGUUGAGUUUCCUCACCGGUCUCUCUGAGGAAAUCAGCUCCAAUCGUAAGAUCAUGAUGGAUCUCUCUAAUCACACCAUCAUUACACCCGAACAACGUCUCCGUACUCUUACAGGAUUUGUUCAAGACCUUAGAACCAAUCCAAAGGUUUCUACUACUGUUAAAGAGUGGGGAUUUGAAAUUGGUAAUGCUCUUCCAGUCGAUGGUUACAAAUUACCUGAUCCUCAAACCGACCAAACCAUGAAGGUGUUAAAGGGUAACAAAUGGGCUAUUCUCGCUGGCAACAGAGAUAUGGGUAGCGGUGUCGCAUUCUCGCACAAGUUUAACAAGUUGUCCGAUAUGGCUACCCCCGACCAAAUCCUUGUUGGCGGCAACCCAAUGAACCCCGCUAGUUGGGUCGCUGACUUGCGCAAGCUCACUGGCAAGGGAUACCUCUUUGUAUUGGCAAUCAUUCCAGCUGGUAAAAAGGACAUUUACGACGCCAUUAAAAAGGAGUCGUUAACUCGUCUCAGAAUGAUCACUCAAUGUGCCAUGGCACGUACACUUGAAAAAGAAGGUACGUCUGUCGCUGUCAAGAUCACUCACCAGGUCAUUGCCAAGCUCGGUCGUAGUCCAUGGCACCUAAAGCAAGCACUACCAUCAGCCAUCCCCAAAAAGACCAUGGUUGUCGGUAUCGAUGUUGGUCACAACUCUGAUCAACGUGGCAAGUCUGUUGUAGGUUUUGUCAGCUCUGUCGAUGAAAACUACACCCUCUUCCACACUACUGCUAUCUGUCAAUCGAAACCAGGCAAGGAGAUUGUUGAAUCGCUCAAACCGUCCAUGGCGUCGGCAUUAAAAGCUUACUAUGACAGAAACAAGACAUUGCCAGAGGUUGUCAUUGUGUAUCGUGAUGGUGUAGGUGAUGGUAUGCUUGGCCUCGUCAGAAAGUUUGAAGUAGCUGCAAUCAAGGAAGCAUUUGCUGAAGCUCCUUCCAUCUGGGGUAUCAAACCCAAACUCUUGUACUGUGUUGUUAAAAAGAACACCAACACUAGAUUCUUUGACACCAACAAUCAGUAUGGUAAUCCUGCCCCUGGUACCAUCGUUGACAAGGGUUGUACCCAUACCAACUGGUACGAUUUCUACCUCGUAUCUCAACGUGCCAUCAACAAGGGUUCGAUCAAUCCAACCCAUUAUCAUGUUAUCGUAGAUGAAACAGAGAUAUCUGCUGAACAUUUCCAAAUCUUCACCUAUCACAUGUGCUUUUUGGAGUAA